AUGGAUGUGAUACUGCGCAACGGCUUUUCAGAAAAUCAAUUGAAAGGCGUGGAUCGUGAUGCCAUCUUGAUGGCUUAUGGGCAAGACCCCACAAAAGCGUCCAUGCCGAAGUCCAAGAUUGAUGGAGCAAAGCCGCCAGUUGUGCUUUUCCAAGAAUCAUCUGCUGUUGCGGAGCCUAGAGAUAAUUUCCAGAACAUCGAUACCAACGGGGAUCUCAGGGAAGAGCUCAGACCUGCCUCUACCAACGCCAAUGACGGCAAAAUAGCUGGUAUCCCACUCUCUGAAGUUACGGGCUCUGACACUGCAGUGUUUAUCGGAGCCUUCGGUGCAGACUACGGUGAUUUAAUGGCCCGAGAUCCCGGGAUCGUCCCAGCCUACAAGCUGACUGGCCUGGGGGUCUCGCUUUUUUCCAAUCGCAUUUCGCACUGGUUCGACCUAAGAGGACCAUCGGCAACAGUGGACACAGCCUGUAGCGCCUCUACGACUGCGCUUCAUAUGGCCUGCGAAUGUCUCCGAAAGGGUGACUCCAAGAUGGCGAUAGUGUCUGGAGCGAAUCUCAUGCUCGAUCCAGAUAUCAUGCUGGCCCUCAGCACUUUAAAGUUCCUGAGCCCCGAUGGAAGAACCUACAUGUUUGAUCAAAGGGCGAACGGAUACUCAAGAGGUGAAGGAAUAGGCACAUUGGUCAUCAAGCCUCUAUCAGAGGCACUCCAGGCAAACGAUCCAGUCCAUGCUGUCAUUAGAAAUACUCGGACGAACCAGGAUGGCCGAACCCCUGGCAUCACAAUGCCCAGCCAAGAGGCGCAACGAUCGCUCAUACAGACAACUUACCAAGAGGCUAGACUCAAUCCAUCUGAGACCGAUUUCUUUGAGGCUCAUGGAACUGGUACGCAAGCCGGAGACCGGGCGGAAGCCGAGGCACUAUCAUCUGCACUUGGCACAGCAUCUCGACCCUCGGAGAAACCCCUUCAUGUCGGGUCCAUCAAAACACUUCUUGGCCACACGGAGGGUUGUUCUGGUGUCGCCGGUGUCAUGCAUGCGGUGAUGGCUUUGAGGAAUAAAGCCAUCCUGCCAAACUGCAACUUUGAAACUCCCAGUGAUCAGAUAAAUUUCGAUGCAUGGAAAAUCAAGGUUCCCACAAAGCUUGAAAGCUGGCCUACAAACCAUCCACGUCGGGCCUCGGUCAAUAGCUUUGGCUAUGGUGGCUCUAACGUUCAUGUCAUUCUAGAAGAAGCUCCAGAACAAGUUAGUAACAGAAUGGACACCAACGGCACCAUGGUGAAACCCGAUGCCGACUUGGUGCACGGGCGGAAGAUCUUGUAUCUUAGUGCUAAUGACUCAGGCGGGAUUGAAAGGCAAGCCAGGCUACUUGCAGCAUAUCUCCAGGGUCGUGCUGGCUUAGGAAUUAUGAAUGAUCUGGUGUACACGCUUUGCCAACGGCGAUCCAUACACAAGCACAGAUAUGCACUUCAAAGUGAUUCCCUUCAGGGAUUUCAAUCGAUCCUCAAGAAAGUGAAGUACAAUCCUCCAAAACUUGGCGGAUUCCGGAAAUUGGCUUUCGUAUUUACUGGCCAGGGAGCUCAGUGGCCGAAAAUGGGUUGCGAGCUGUUGGCUGCAUACCCUGUCUUCAAAAAUGCGUUCCAAGCCGCAGAUAAACACAUGAGCAGUCUCGGCGCUACGUGGUCUCUAUUAGAUGAAAUUCACCGAGAGGCUGCUGAGUCAAAGGUUGACGAGGCCUUUAUCAGCCAGCCCCUAUGCACAGCUUUUCAAAUUGCCCUGAUCAACCUGCUCCAAUCUUGGGCCAUCAGACCUAGCAUAGUCGUGGGUCACUCCAGUGGCGAGAUUGCUGCUGCUUACACCGCAGGAAUGCUGUCGCUCGAAUCUGCUAUUAGUGUUGCAUACUAUCGCGGCAAACUAAGCUCGCAACUUAUUCCCGAAGAUGGGACUCCUAAGGGCGGAAUGCUUGCGGCUGGACUUUCUGCUGAAGACGCAAAAUCCUACAUUGAAGGCGUUGACUCGGGUAAAGUCACGAUUGCUUGUAUCAACAGUCCAAAAAGCGUCACGCUCUCAGGGGAUGUGGCGGCUAUUGACGAACUUCACUCCAGGUUCGAAGAGAAGAGACUGUUUAGUCGCAAGUUGAAGGUUAAUGUGGCUUAUCAUUCGGUCCACAUGAAGGCUAUCGCAGAAGAAUACUCCAGAUCUCUGCGUGGCCUGAAAAUCCAACCUCGACAUCACGGAGUGAAUUUCUACUCCAGUGUCUUCCCGGGUAUUUCUGUGGAGACCAACACAGAAUAUUGGGUCCAAAAUCUUCUUUCUACCGUUCGGUUCAGCGAGGCGAUGAAGAUUGUACUCGAGUCGCAGACUGAGCACGAUCUCGCGUGCAUCGAAAUUGGACCCCACUCCGCCCUAGCCGGCCCUCUCAAGCAGAUCAGUCAGUCGUUGUCCGCAGAAGCAAAGACAGAAUACUUCCCCUCCAUCCUGAGGAACGAAAACGGUGUCGAACAAGCCUUGAACCUUGCUUGCAAUCUAUUUAACAAUGGCUGGCAGAUCGACCUCGCCUACAUCAAUUUUCCAUUUGGCAUGGCAGGACUCCGAGUGCUGACAGAUCUCCCAUCUUACGCCUGGAACCACAGCACCCAGCAUUGGCAUGAGGGAAGACUGUCCCAAAAUUACCGUCACCGCACGAAUCCGCCUCACGAUCUCCUCGGUACGCUCCUGGAUGACUCCAGCGAUCUUGAUAUGCGAUGGACUAAGCACAUACGUCAUUCGGAUCUUCCAUGGCUCAAAGAUCACGUCAUUGGGUCUGAGAUUCUCCUUCCAGCCGCUGCCUAUCUCGCGAUGGCCAUGGAAGCAGUUGGUCAAAAAGCGUCGAUCAGCGGUCUGCAGGUCCAAGGGUAUACGCUGCGCGACGUGACCUUCUCCAAAGCUUUGGUAGUCCCCGAAGCCUCAGAUGGGGUCGAGGUGUCACUCAUCCUGGAGCCAUUCCGGCAAAGUUCUGCUGCAGCUUCUACAAAUUGGGACGAGUUCCGGGUUAUCUCUUUUGGGCCUGAUAGAAAAGCUUAUGAACACUGUCACGGACUCAUCGGCAUAACCCACAACCCAAGUUUCAACUUCUCUUCUAAUGAUGAGACUAUGCUAGCCAUGAUGCGCCAUGACAAAGACAUGAAGCCAGAGCUUUACAAGCAAUGGCUAUCUCAAGCUGCGUCAAGUGGUAAUGAGCUGGGCUCGUCAUUCCAAUUAGUCUCGGAAUGUUGCUUGAAGGGUGAAUAUGGCUUCUAUAAUCUACGCGUGCCUGAUAGAUCUGGCUACGAAAGCCCCCUGACCAUCAGCGUUCCCCUUAUGGACUCCUUUCUCCAGAUCACAAUCUUGGCUCAUGCCAAUACGGCCCGCCCACUGGAAGGCACAAUAGUCCCUACUUCGAUUACUGAGCUGGCUAUUUCAUCGUCGAUUGGCCGGGAGCCUGGCCAUGUGCUCUACUCUCGUGGUUCGACCACGGAAUUGGGUCCAAGAAACUUCGAAGGUCAAGUCAUCGUAGCCCAGGACCGAGGCGACAUCUUGGAGCCUGUGGUCCAAAUCAUUGGAGUGAAGUACGUGUGUAUUGCUAGAGACGAAGAGAGCAAAAGCGACAACACAAAGACAAAGCUUUGUUGGGACGUGUUAUGGGAAGAAGACCCUGAUGACCUAUCGCAAAAUGAUGUUGCGAAGCGUUGGCCGAUUAAUGAGCUGGCACCCCACGAAAUGCCCCAGAUAAUCAUAAGAGAAAGAGCCGCAUGGUAUUGCCUUCGCUCAGCGCUUGGAUCUCUGACCGAUACAGAUAUCGAGAAAAUGGCUCCCCACCAUCGAAACUACUACAAUUGGAUGAAGAAAAAAAUGGAGCUGGGACAGAACGGCAACUUACCUUUUCAAAGGAAUGAUCAUCAACAAGAGUGGUCCUCUACUGACGAACAUACUGUUGAGAGUACUCUACAACAAGCGGCUGCCUCUGGCGCUCAAGGCUGCAUGGUGACUCGUGUGGGACGUAGGCUCUUGGACGUAUUAAGAGGAGAGGUAGAACCGCUCUCGUUAAUGCUUGAAGAUGAUCUGCUGAACCGAUAUUACGCGGAGAGCCCAGACCAAGACCGUGUCUAUGAGCAAGCGGCGCGUUUCGUGGGGCUGGUUGCUCACAAAAACCCUAAGUUGAGGGUCCUUGAAAUUGGAGCUGGUACUGGGAGUGCUACGUCUUUCAUUUUGAAGGCGCUCGGUGGAUUUGAUAACGACUAUCCCCAGUUCUCAACCUACGUCUUCACCGAUAUCUCGACUGGCUUUUUUGAAAAAGCUCAGACUAAAUUCAAAGCCUGGGGAAGUCUUAUUUCUUAUAAGCCACUGAACAUUGAAGAUGAUCUGAAAGCGCAAGGAUUUGACGAGAGCGAAGGGUACGAUAUCAUAGUCGCUGCUAAUGUUUUGCAUGCCACUCACAACAUGCGUCACACCAUGAGCCAAGUAAAUAGACUGCUCAAGACAAACGGAAAGCUUAUUCUGGUGGAGGCGUUCGCAGGUCGCCGGAUAUACGGGGAACUCAUCUUCGGACUGCUUCCGGGAUGGUGGAUGGGCGUUACCGAAGGGCGAACAGACAGCCCACUUCUCUCGGAAGGGCAAUGGGCAUCUCUGCUGAAGCGUACUGGGUAUUCAGGGCUUGAUAUCUGUCUCCGAGACAGCUUAGAUGAGCAAUUGUGGACCAUGUCGACCAUGAUCUCAACCAAAGAGAGCGGUAAUUCGGGGGUUGAUCCCUUCGAAAUUCGUAUCAUAUACGACACACCCCAAGAGCGAGACCUUGUCAAUAUAUUGGCCAAGAACGUCGAUAGAUUCUCGAGCACCAGACCUCUGAUCUCGGCUUUAUCGGAGACCGAUCCUUUGGAGCAGCUUAUCGUCGUUGUUGAUCAUGCAAGUGGUUCUCUUCUUCUAGAACUUAAUGAGAGAAAGCUCGAGAUUCUCAAAUCAAUCUUUGCCCAAGCCAAAGGCGUCCUAUGGAUUACAUUUGGCGGCUCAGGUAAUGGCAAAAACGCAGGCGCUGGGGCUGUUUCGGGCAUUCUCAGAACACUACGGUCAGAGAAUGGUGGCAUGAACUAUGUUGCGUGCGACGUAGAAGCCGAGGACUUCUCUAAGCCAGAGCUCGCUCAAAUCAUCUCUAAAGUUUUUGCAAAGGCAUUCAGCAAGUCCACCAUGGAUCUCUCGCCGAAGGACUUCGAAUAUGCAAUAUGGAACGGGCGAAUAAUGAUCCCUAGACUUGUGGAGGAUAAGCUUGCCAAUAAAGCUAUGAUGACACUGCCCUCAAAACGCGAGCCAGAAGAACAAUGCCUAUGGCAAGAGCAUAGCUGCCUGUGUCUUGAUAUGGGCCAGGUUGGGCUUCUGGAUACAUUCCAAUUCGUCCACUCCGAAAAAUGCUCAGGUGAAAUACAACUUGACGAAGUCGAGAUUGAGGUCAAGACGGUCGGUCUCAACUUUCACGAUCUCCUUAUCGCAACGGCUCAGCUGCCCGAUCCGAACGGAUACGGUGUUGAAUGCGCAGGUAUCAUUACCAAACUUGGGAAGGCAGCGCAUCAUCUUAAGGUCGGUGACAGAGUCUGCGCAAUCGCCCCUUCUAGCUUUGCCAAUCGUGUCAGAACACCUCAAACCCUCGUCAGGAUCAUGCCGGACAAUAUGACUUUCGAGGUUGGCGCUUCUAUUCCGUCUGUGUUCACGACAUCCUACUAUUGCAUUCAUCACGCGGCCCGCCUGCGGAAAAAUGAGUCUAUUUUGAUACACUCCGCGGCGGGUGGUAUAGGUCAAGCGUGUAUCAAAAUGGCGCAGCUUGUGGGCGCAGAGAUCUUCGUCACUGCAGGGUCGCCAGCCAAGGUGGACUUUCUCGAAAAGGCUUUUGGUCUACCCCCAAGCCAUAUCUUGAACUCGAGGACUCUCGACUUCAGGCACGACAUCAUGGCCCUGACGAAAGGCAAAGGGAUUGAUGUGAUAAUUAACUCCUUGGCGGGAGACGCCCUUCGCGAAAGCUGGAGGUGCUUGGCUAUGUUUGGACGAUUCAUAGAACUAGGUAAGAGAGACGCCGUGGAUAACAGUAGACUCGACAUGGCGCCUUUCGAGAGAUCGGCCAGCUUCAUUUCCGUGGGUUGGGAUCAUUUUGGCAACCACCGACCAGAAUUCGUUGGCAGUGUUUUACAAGAAGUCAUGGAUCUAUUCGUCAACGGCACUCUGACCCCACUGGAACCAAUCACUAUCUUCCCCAUGUCGGAGGUUGAGCCAGCGUUCAGGUUCAUGUCUUCGGGAAACCAUAUGGGCAAGAUUGUUGUCACAGCUGACAGAGACUGCCUUGUUAAAGUACGUAAAAAAGCGGAUGUUCGUUUUGCUGCUGACAAAGAGACGCAGGUUAUCCCUCAACUACCGCCACCUCUCCAGCUUCGUGCUGACGCCUCGUAUCUCCUUGUCGGCGGACUUGGCGGCAUCGGUGUAGAGAUUGCCAAAUGGAUGGUAAAUGAGCUAGGCGCUCAGAGCCUCAUUCUGAUCUCAAGAUCUGGCAUGGACGCAGCAGGAGCAGCAGAUGCCGUCGAGGCUCUAAGAAAGCCAGACGUCGCUAUCACAGUGCGUAAAUGCGACGUAGCAGAUAGAGAAAGCCUUUCAGCAGUGCUUCAUGAUUGCGCUCAGACCUUACCGCCAGUUCGAGGCGUGGUCCAAGGUGCUAUGGUCCUCAAGGACGCGAUCUUCCCCAAUAUGACCCUCACCAAAUACAACCAAGCCCUCGAUCCCAAGAUCCGCGGCUCGCAAAAUCUGCACGAUCUCUUCUCGCAGUCUUCAGACCAACUCGACUUCUUCGUCAUGCUCUCCUCCCUAUGUGGCCUCCUCGGUAAUGCGUCGCAGUCCAACUACGCCGCUGGCAACACAUUCCAAGACGCUCUAGCCCACCACCGCGCAUCACACGGCCUGCCCGCUCUAUCCAUUGAUGUGGGCAAAGUCGUCGAUGCCGGAUGGGUCGCGCAGAACCAGGACGUCGUUUCGCGCGGCGUGUUAGCCAUGGCCAAGGACAUCCGCGUCAAAGACCUCACGGCUCUGAUCGAACACCACGUGCGCGCGGGUUCCGGCAGGGCCGCAGCUCAAGUCGCGGUCGGUAUCGAGGACUACCCCGCCUUCGACGCACGGUUCUCGCACGUCGGCGCCAUCCUCGCGGGGGGCGUUUCGCAGGGGCGCGAAUCACAAGCCCAAACGCGAUCAUUAGAAUCGCAGAUGGCGGCCGCCGGUCACGACAGCGCACGGCUGCUGUCGGUGAUACUCGAGGCGUUCAAGCAGAAGCUGGGGCGGUUGUUGGCGCUGAAGGUGGAGGACGUGCAUGAGGAGGAUACGAUUGCGGGACACGGGGUUGACAGUCUGGUGGCGGUCGAGAUUCGGAAUUGGUUGCGGAAGGAGGUCGGGGCUAAUGUGACUGUCUUUGAGAUUUUGAACGGGAAGGUGAGUGUGAGGGGGGUGGUGGAGGGGAUUGUGAGGGAGAUUGUGAAGGCUUGA